AUCGAACACGUCCCAGUCUUUUUACAAUAAAAAAUUAACAGAAAUUUUAAACAAUAAUGUAAUAUGGGUGAAAUAUAAUUAGUAGAGUUAUCUCACAUGUGACCAUGUCCCAUGUUUUUAUAGUCAUUACUCUUGAUAACUCUUGGUCACCCACAUUUUUGUGUUCUAGUGCCAUAAAAUGUCCUGGUCUUUAAAUGGUCUGAAAUUAUAAUUGGACACCUCCCUAUUAAGAUGCCAUACUUGUACGUUUGUACGUAUUCAGUGAUCCAAUCAAUCAGUGCCAUGUUAUCAAUAAACCAAUUAUAUGUCAUGACAAAGUCUAACAGAAAAGGAGGAUCUAGACCAAGGGGAGGCAGGCCAGAUGUGGCCUAGUUCAAUAAUACUUUAGUAUAGGCUCCAAUCCUUUUUUGAAAAUAAUAUAUAGGAAUACUCCCAAAAUGUUUAUGUCCAUAAAAUCUCAGAGUGAGGGAAGGUAGAGGCAAACAAAACAUACCACAGUCUUAACAUAAAAGAAGGUGAUGUUUGAACCACAAGCCUUAAUUAUGCAUUUAUCAAAUUCGUUAUUCCAAAGAGGAGAUAGUUUUGAGACUUUCCGCAAUUUAAGUAAAUUCCGUUACAACUUAUACAACAUGCAUGCAUCUUAAACCGAUCGGUGACUACUUGUCCUCACUCAAACAAACAUGCCAAAGUCUUAACAGAUCAGAAGAUGAUGUUUGAACCACAAGACUUAAUCAUGCACUUAUCACACUCGUUAUUCCAAAGAGAAUACUUUGAACAUUUUCAGCAAAUAUAGUAAGUUCUGUUACAACUUAUACAACAUGCAUGGGGUCGUAAACUUCUUCCACUCAUCUUAUACAUACACACGACACGACCCUUCGAUUACUAAGUUCAUCUCAUCAAGAAACAGAGCAAAAGACAGAGGAAGAGAAAAAUGGCUGUCUUGCUCUAUUUCCUCUUAGUUUCUCUUCUUGCUCUUGUUUCAUCAAUCUUUCUUACAAACCUUAAAAACUCAAAACUCAAUCUUCCUCCUAGCCCUUCAUCUCUUCCAAUCAUCGGAAACUUACACCAUUUCGCAGGAUGUCCCAGCAGAUAUUUUCACAGCCUCUCCAUCAAAUACGGACCAGUGAUGCUUCUCCGUCUAGGGUUUCUUCGAGUGGUUGUGAUCUCAUCGAGUGAAGCAGCUGAAGAAGUGCUCAAAACCCAUGACAUGGAAUGUUGCAGCCGACCAAACACCCUCGUCUCCGGAAAACUCUCUUACGGUUUCAAAGACGUCAACUUCGCGCCGUACGGUGAGUACUGGCGCGAGAUGCGGAAGCUGGUGGUCAUCGAGCUUUUCAGUCUUAAGAAGGUUCAGUCUUUUAGGUAUAUAAGAGAAGAAGAGAGUUACUUGAUGGUGAAGAAAGUAUCCGAAUCGGCUUUGAAACGAUCUCCUGUGGAUCUAAACAAAACUUUCUUCUCUCUCACGGCAAGCAUCAUCUGUAGAGUGGCCUUAGGACUGAACUUCCACGAGAGCGGCUUCGUUAUCGACCAAGAAAAGAUCGAAGACCUUGUUACCGAAGUAGGGGAAGUUCUAGGGACGUUCACUUUCUCUGACUACUUCCCUGGUGCACUUGGAAGCUUCGUGGACUGGUUGUUUCAACGGCACAAGAAGAUCAACAAAGUCGUUGAAGAGCUUGAUGCUUUUUACCAACACGUGAUUGAUGAACACUUGAAGGCAGAAGGAAGGAAAAAUCUGGAUAUUGUUUCCUUGAUGUUGGAUAUGAUUGAUAAACAAGGAAGUGAAGACUAUUUCAAACUCGAUAUGGAUAACGUCAAGGCAAUCAUCAUGGAUGUAUUUCUCGCGGGGAUAGAUACAGGCGCCACAACUAUGAUAUGGGCGAUGACCGAGCUCGUUAGAAACCCUAACGUGAUGAAGAAGGCUCAAGAAAAUAUCCGAGCCACCCUAGGGCACAAAAGGGAGAGAAUCACUGAAGAAGACCUAGGAAAAGUUGAUUACAUGACGUUUAUAAUCAAGGAAACAUUCAGGUUACACCCACCGGUUCCAUUUUUGCUCCCAAGGGAAACAAUGUCCCACGUCAAGAUUCAAGGCUAUGACAUUCCUCCUAAAACGCAGAUCAAAGUUAAUGUAUGGACAAUCGGACGUGACCCGAAGCGUUGGACCGACCCUGAAGAUUUUAUUCCUGAACGGUUUGCGGAUAGUUCUGUAGAUUUUAGAGGACAACAUUUUGAGUUGUUACCAUUUGGUUCCGGUAGGAGGAUAUGUCCUGCCAUGGCAAUGGGGACUGCUACCGUGGAGCUAGGGUUGAUGAACUUGCUUUACUUUUUCGAUUGGGGAUUGCCUGAUGGUAUGAACAUUGAAGAGUUUGAUAUGGAAGAAGCUGACAAUCCCACGUAUGUCAAGAAACUACCUCUUCAACUUGUGCCCUUUCAACGCCAUUAGUGGGCAGUAAAAAGAAACAUACAACAUGGAUAAUAGCUUGAGGAUAAAACCUUUUUUAAAAAAAAAAAAAUAUUGUAAAAUUAAUAAUAAAUUAAUGUAUGACGAACACUAUGUCCAAAACUAAUAAAGUUUGACAAGUUACAUUAUUUAAUACGUUAUCCAUAAAAUAUUAUUAUUAUUUUAAUAUUUUGUAUAAAUCGAGUU